AUGGAUGUUUCAAAUCUUCAUAAGUUGGUGAAGACAGCACCAUCCAAAGCAUUGGUUGUUAGAUUCAAUUUGUUCUGUCUUGCCAUCUUUCUAGUUGUUUAUACGACGCUUCUUCUCCGUCCUUCUUCAUCGGUAUAUUUCGAAAAUGCAGCUUCAAUUGUCAGAUGCUCCUUGAGAGAAUGUCAUCACAAGGAAGAAAAAAGCAUAAAAAUGAAAGCAAUAUUGGAAGAAUUGCCCCAAUCAAAAUUAAGGAAGCCAAAGAAAAAUGGGACAAAGAUAGAAGUACCAAGUUUUUUAAAUGAAAAAAUUGGUAAAGGAAUGAAAAUUGGAAUGAUAAACAUGAAUGAAGAUGAUGAUGUAAGUGAAUGGAACACACAUGGAGAAACAAUACCAAUUUAUUUCGAUAAAGUAUCAAAAAAUUUCAAUUGGACAGAUUUAUUUCCAGAAUGGAUAGAUGAAGAAGAAGAGAGUGAUGUACCAACAUGUCCUGAAAUACCAAUGCCAAAUUUUGAAUCAUAUGAAAACAUGGAUUUAAUAGUAGCAAAGUUACCAUGCAAGUAUCCAGAAGAAGGGUGGGGAAGGGAAGUUUUGAGGUUACAAGUUAAUCUUAUUGUGGCAAAUAUGGUUGUGAAGAAAGGGAAAAAAGAUUGGAAUUUGAAGACAAAAAUUGUGUUUUGGAGUAAGUGUAGACCAAUGUUGGAAUUGUUUAGAUGCAAUGAUUUGGUUAAGAAUGAAGGUGAUUGGUGGUUUUAUGAGUCUGAUGUAAACAGGUUGGAACAAAAGGUUUCUUUGCCUGUUGGCUCAUGUACUUUGUCUUUGCCUCUAUGGGAACAAGGGAUCGACGAAGUGUACGACACGUCGAAAAUGGAACGAAACGUAAGAAGUGAAAGAAGAGCGAAACGCGAAGCCUAUGCAACAGUACUACACUCUUCAGAAAGUUACGUUUGCGGGGCAAUAAUGUUGGCACAGAGCCUCCAAAAAACAGGAACCAAACGCGACCUAAUAAUCCUGAUUGACAAAUCCAUCUCGGUUCGUAAACGCCACGCGCUAUCUGCAGCGGGUUGGAAGAUCCGAACCAUAACCCGAAUCCGAAACCCGAAAGCAGAAAAUGGAACAUAUAAUGAGUAUAAUUACAGCAAGUUUCGUUUGUGGCAACUAACUGAUUACGACAAAAUCAUAUUCAUAGAUUCUGACAUCGUUGUACUCCGAAAUCUCGAUAUCCUGUUCAAUUUCCCUCAAAUGUCUGCUACUGGAAAUGAUCAAUCAAUUUUCAACUCUGGCAUCAUGGUUAUCGAGCCCUCCAAUUGCACCUUCAGUGUACUCAUGAGUAGGCGAGACGACGUCGUUUCAUACAAUGGAGGAGACCAAGGAUUUCUAAACGAGAUAUUCGUGUGGUGGCAUAGACUUCCAAGGAGAAUAAACUAUUUGAAAAAUUUCUGGGCCAACACAACUGUUGAAGCAAGCGUUAAAAAUGGUUUAUUUGGUGCAGACCCUCCUAAACUUUAUUCAAUUCAUUACCUUGGUUUAAAACCUUGGAAUUGUUAUAGGGACUAUGAUUGUAAUUGGGAUGUAGUGGAUCAAAGGGUUUAUGCUAGUGACGUGGCACACCGACGUUGGUGGAACAUUCAUGAUGAAAUGGAUACCAAGUUGCAAAGUUUUUGUAGGUUGACCAGACAACGUAGGACUGAGUUGAAUUGGGAAAGGAGGAGAUCCAGUAAGAUGGGUUCACUUGAUUAUCAUUGGAAGAUUAAUAUUACUGAUCCUAGAAAAUCUGGUUCACUUUUGAUGGAUUAGUUUAUACAAUUUCAUUUUCUAUUUUUAUUUUUUAUUUUUCCUUUGCUAUAUUUGUUAUUUUUUCUUUCUUUUCCAUUAUCAUAUAUAAACAUUUCAUGUCAAGAGGUUUUUCAUGUACAUUAUUUAUUACUACCACUUGUUGCUGCGACACUCAAACCUUGACAAGUGGCAAUGCACAGAGAAAUGUUUACAAUAUUAACAAUGGUAUUCAAAGAGAAAUGUUUACAAUA